AUGAGUCCUCCUCAACGUCGCGGCGGUCGCGUGCAUGGAGCUGAGGGUUAUCACAAGGAGGACAUUAUGGCGCUACUAAAGUGUGUGAGAGAUGUGGUGCCAACGAAAACGGAGGAAUGGGAUCAAGUGCUGACUGGGUAUCGCAAGACGCACGCAAUCCCAAACACUCGUUCCCAACGCGAUACUAACUCGCUGAAGGUCAAGUUUAAGCAAUUGGCACGACAAUUUCGACCUGGAGAGAGUGUUCGACCAGAACUAUUAGAAGCUGGGAGUAUAUUGGAACUCAUUGAAGCCAAGAUGGCGGGCAGUCAGUGUCUCCAGCGACGAGGAGGCCGCGCACGAGGUGCUGAAGGAUUUUCAGCCGCAGACUCCCAGGCAAUUUUGAAAACCGUACGACAGAUAUUGCCUGUAAAUCGAGCAAAUUGGGAGCAAGUUGCAGAGGAAUACUGCAGAGUAUACUCAAUACCUAAUGAUCGACUCAGUAGGGAUGGAAUUUCGCUCAAAAGCAAGUUCCGUAACUUGCUAAAGAACGAUGUAGGGACCGUACCACGAGCUGAAAUCAGUGAAGCAAUAGCUAUUCAAAUGGAAAUAAGUGCCAAGAUGAAUCAAGGGGGAAUGAAUGAUGAGUCGAUGGAAGAUCUGAGGCCAGAGAACGUGGUAAUAAACGAAAGUGUUGAAGACGUGGAAGAGAGAAAUAUUGAUGAGACGGAAAUUAUCGCUCUGGACGCAACGUACGAACAUGAAGAUUGUACUGCAAAUAGUAAAGGUAAGAAAGCGAAUUUUGUUGCUGAUCUCCGGCGUGGUGGACGAGUUGUUGGAUCAGAAGGGUAUUCUCAAUCGGACAAGUGGGCACUACUUUCGUGCAUCAAGGACGUACUGCCAUCAGGCCCGACAAGUUGGGAGCGAGUACUGCAACUGUACCGUAUGAAUCAUGCUACCCCCAACGACCGUGCGCAAAGGAAUUUAACAGGAAUCAAGAGCAAGUUUCGACAAUUAGUAAAUUGGAAGCAUGGUACUGGCACGGGAAAGAUGGUACCCGAAGAAACGCUUCAAGCUCGUGCCAUACAAAGAGAUAUUGAUUUGCGUUUGACUUUGGGAAAGCGCCAGCGUUCUGGAAGUGAAUCGAACGUCUCCUUUUCUCAUACGCCAGAAGAAAGCUUUCCAGAUGCACACGAAGAGCAUUCUAUUCUUUUGACUCAUGCUAAGACACGAAAGAAUGAAAAUGUUGAACGGCAAGACAUGGUAGUUGAUGUAGUGGAACGGCCGGUGAGUGCUGAAGUACCGGCUUCUGAACUUAUGGUGAACCGCUCAAAAGAUAGUAUUAGCGCCAUUGACGAUCCAGAGGAUUGUGAUGGCGAUUCAGCUCGUCAAAUUGCCAGCCGAGAACUCGAACUACUACGGCAGCGGGAACAACGAGAAGCUGAGCAAGCAGCGUGGGAAAAAGAGCGGACUAUGCGCGAGAAACAGCGCAUGGACAUGGAGGCCUGGACGAUUGUGUGUGAUCGUUUGCGCGCGCUUUAUCGAGAACGAGCGACGGAAAACAACCCAGAAAUAGUGAGCGAGUUUGACGACGAGAUAGCCGUGCUCAAGAAAAAAAAGCAGCGGCUUGCGAGUUUGAUGAUAUAA